GAGGCGUGUUUAAAAUCGGAGAUUGAAAGCACAAGAGGCCAGGUGUGGGAUUCAUGUUGACCCUGGCAAGCAAGAGGAGGAAAAAUCCCAGGGAAGAAGCAGGUGAAUUUUUAGUGUUGCGAAAUCUCAGCAUCAUGUGGAUAUUUCUUUUUUUUCUGGCUUCACCACACCUCCUGGCUGCCCAGUCUACCUGCUCACAUGGGGCUUGUUACCCACCUGUGCAAGACCUUCUGGUAGGAAGAAUCCAUCACUUGAAAGCCUCUUCUACCUGUGGACUUGUCCAACCGGAAACUUACUGCACUCCAUAUGGGGAAUGGCAAAUGAAAUGUUGCCGAUGUGAUUCCAGAAAGCCUCAUGUAUUCAACAGUCACCGGGUAGAAAAUGUCCUCUCUUCUGCAGGAAAUACGCGCUGGUGGCAAUCCAAGAAUGAUGAGAAUCCUGUCUUUCUCCAACUAGAUUUGGAUAAAAAGUUCCAACUUGACAGCAUCCUGAUGGAUUUCAGGAGUCCUCUGCCCACUGGCAUGGUGAUUGAGCACUCUACAGACUUUGGCAAAUCCUGGAAGAUUUAUCAGUACUUGUCCACAGAUUGUGCCACUUCGUUUCCACGGAUCUCUAGAGGUCUCCCUCAGACCUGGAAGGAUGUGCGUUGCCAGGACAUCCAGACUCAAGCGCAGAACGGGGGGAAGGUUGAGUUCAACCCCAUUGGUCUUGCAUCUGGGAUGAGGACACCUCAAAGCCAAAAAAUCAACAAUCUGGGCCAAUUCACCAACUUGAGAAUCAACUUCACCCAGCUGUCGCGUCCUGUGCACCAGGGGUACCGCACCCCCAGUGCCUUCUAUGCCUUGAACGAGAUGCAAGUGAAAGGGAGCUGCUUCUGCCAUGGACAUGCAGACCGCUGUGCUGCCCUGGACUCUGCUUCUGCAGGACACAAUGUUAUGGUGAAUGGACAGUGUGUGUGCCAGCACAACACUGCUGGAACAAACUGCGAACAGUGUGCGGCUUUCUACAAUGACCAUCCAUGGAGAGCCGCUGAAGAUGGCAACCCCAACGAAUGUCACAGGUGCAACUGUAACGGUCAUUCUAACAAAUGUCAUUUUGACCCAGCCGUGUACCAAGCCAGUGGGGGUGUGAGUGGGGGCGUUUGUGAAGACUGCCAGCACAACACGGCAGGGAGGAACUGUGAACAUUGCAAGACCAAGUUUUUCCGUAAUAAGCGUUUUGAACUUGAUCACCCAGAAGCUUGUCUCCCUUGUGAAUGUGACCCAGAUGGCACUGUUCCUAACUCCAGUUGUGACCCCCAGACGGGCCGCUGUGUCUGUAAGGACAACGUGCAAGGAGGCCGUUGUCAUUUGUGCAAGCCUGGAUUCACCCAGUUAACCAACUCUAACCCCCAAGGUUGCAGAGAUUGCGCCUGCAGUGUUUUAGGCAGCCGCCGCAACGUGCCAUGCGACGACGAGACGGGCCGCUGUUCUUGCCUCCCCAAUGUGGUGGGAGACAAGUGUGAUGAAUGCGCCGCCAAUCACUGGAAAAUUGCAAGUGGGCAGGGCUGCCAGGCUUGCAACUGUGACCCUCAGCAUUCACGCAGCCCUCAGUGUAACCAGUUUACAGGGCAGUGUCCAUGCAGAGAAGGCUAUGGGGGCCUGACAUGCUCUGCUCCUGAAGUACGGGUUUGUCCGGACCAGUCUUAUGGAGAUGUCAGGACAGGAUGUAGAGCUUGCAACUGCAACUUCCAGGGCACAGAGGAAAUGGGCUGUGACAAGCUGACAGGCAGAUGUCUUUGCCGUCCCGGCUUUACUGGAGACCGCUGUGACCAGUGCCAGCGGGGCUACUGUGGCAACUAUGACCACUGUGAGGCAUGCAACCCUUGCUUCCAGGCCUAUGAUGAUGAGCUCCAUAGGUUUGGCUUGCGCCAGGCCACCUUGAAAAAUUCCACCCAGCGGCUUCCGGUGGGGACAAUGAGCUCCGGCUUCAGCACCCGCCUCUUAGAAGCAGAAGGCGAAGUGCAGCUCAUCCAAGGGAUCCUGGGAAACCCCCUCUUGACGGAGCAAGGGCUGGAUCAGGUGGCCAAUGCCAUUGCUACGAUCAGGCAGACCAUUGGAGGUUUAAGACAUGAAACACCAAUCAGGGAUGAAGCAUCCUCUUUAUCCAUAGAUAUGGAUAAUCUUGAUAGAAGCCUGAUUCUGAUCAUCACUGAGUACCAAAACAAGAAGGCUCAGUUUGAAGCCAGCCGAAGCACAGAUGUCUCAGGAGCAUUCAAGACACUCAGCUCUGCGCAUCAGACAUCUUCCAAUACCAGCUUGCGCAUAGCUGGCUCUUCCAGGCUGCUGGCCCAGUCUGUGGAAAACAGGCAGAGUGCUGAGGAGCUAGAGAGUGAUCUUGCAAGCCAUGGGUCGGGACUGGAGGCUCUGCAGGCUGAAAUGGCCUUCUCUCCAAACUUGACUCCUGCCAUUAAUAAGAUUUGCAGUGGCAUCAGGUCAGAGAUUUGCAGCCCUGGUGAAUGUCCUGGAGAAGUAUGUCCACAGCAAAACACAACUGGAUGUGGCCCUGGUCGGAGCUGUACUGGAGUGUUCUCACUUUCUGGAAGUUCCAUCCAAACUGCCACAAAAACCUCCCAAGAUAUCCACAACUUAAAUAUCCGACUUCAGGAGACUACACAGAUGAUCAGAGCUGCAGAAAUAGCUGUUGGCCAAAUUCAGACUAAUGCCCAGAGCCUGGGAGACCAAAUGACUUCAACUAGGGCCCAGAUAGAGGGAGACAUCCAUCGCACCCAACAGUUCAUCUACCAGGUUCGCAACUUCCUGUCAGAUCCAGAUACUGAUGCUGCUACCAUCCAGCAGGUCAGCGAUUACGUCCUCUCCCUUCGCCUUCCCGCUGACACUGCCACAGUCCUCAGGAAAAUGAAUGAGAUUCAGAGCCUGGCAGCUAAGCUGCAGUGCCCUGAGACAUUCAUUUCCCAAACGGCUGGGGAUGUUGCUAAGGCCAGACAGCUUCAGCAGCAGGCAGAAGAAGCCAGGAAUCGGGCCAAUGCUAUUGGGGCCAAUGUGGAAGAUGUGGUGGAGAAUUUGAAGCAAGCAAACACAGCACUUCAGGAGGCCGAGGACACCAUCAGUGGCUCUGGCUAUUCCCUCCGGCUCAUCCAAGACCGCCUUAAUGAGAUCCAGGCUGUCCUUAAUCCAGCUGAGAAGCGUGUGCAGGACAUCACUGGUCAGCUGGAUGGUUUCACUGGGAGACUUGCCCAGCUACAGCUUAAUGCAAAGCAGAACCUGUUGUUGGCUGCUGAUGCUCAGCAAAAAGCAGGAGAAGCCAGUGAGCAAGCAAGGAGCACUCAGCAGAGAUUUGAACAGGUGAGACAAAAAUAUGCAGAACUUAAGAGGAGGAUGGGACAAGGAUCAAACCUGGGAGACCAAGGGGCUCGGAUCCAAAAUGCCCACAAGGAGGCCAGCACAUUGUUCACAGAAGCCUUGAGUAUGAUGGCCAAAAUGGGAGCUAUAGAAACAGAGCUUCAAGAUAGCAACAGCGCAUUUCUCCUUGAAUCAGCCAAGCUGGCAGGCCUGGAAAAAAAGGUGGAAGCCAUUCGCGAUCAUAUCAGUCGUCGAGUUGAAUAUUACGCCACAUGCACGGACUAGCACAGCCCUUCCUGUCUCAUUUCAGAUGCCUUUCCCCCUCUUUACAAAUAAAACAACUUUAUCAGGAGGAGAAGCUAGCUGUGAACCAAAAGAGCCCUAGCUUUUAAAGAAGUCAGUGGGUUAAUUUAUUUGCCUUUCAAGGUCUUUUUUAUACUUUACAAUUACUGUUUUGAAUUAAAACUUGCAGA